GACGUCACAUCCGGUGAGUGGGGUCUUUUUUUGUUUUCCCGUAUCCGCCAUUUCAGUUUUUGAAGUUAGUUGUCAUCGGUCGCUGGAUUGUAGCUGGAAUUCUGCCGCUAAAACGCAUUAUAUGAUCAUUGCAGCUUAAUACCGGUCACAAACCAAAUAAGAGUCCUUUUUGUUCCGUAGUUGUAGUUCUACGUCGGCGAGUUGAUGUCCAAACGGCUCGCUGCGGAUGUCGCCCGUUUACUAAACGUGCUCUAGGCGCUAAAGUUUUUGUAUGAGUUGAAGGCUUCGCUUGUGGAUAACGGGAGGGAGAGAAGGGAAGGCCCGGUGAAGCCUCGGCUUUGGAGUGGUUAUCAUGGCCGGAAAUUUUGACGCGGAGGACCGUGGCAGCUGGUACUGGGGUCGGCUGAGCAGGCAGGAGGCAGUGUCUCUGUUGCAGGGGCAGCGGCACGGCGUGUUUCUGGUCCGGGACUCCAUCACCAGCCCCGGCGACUACGUGCUGUCGGUGUCGGAGAACUCCAAAGUCUCGCAUUACAUCAUUAACAGCAUCAGCAACAACCGACAAUCCGGUCCAGCUUCGGCCCAUCCGAGGUUCCGUAUCGGUGACCAGGAGUUCGAAGCUCUCCCUGCUUUGCUAGAGUUCUAUAAAAUCCACUACUUGGACACCACCACCUUAAUAGAACCCAUCAACAAGUCCAAACACACCUCCUUCAUCAGCCUCGGUCCCGGCGGCCCCCCGCAGCGCCUGGAAGACGAGUUUGUCCGAGCACUUUUCGAUUUCCCCGGCAAUGACGAGGAGGAUCUUCCGUUUAGGAAGGGCGAUAUUCUCCGAGUUCUGGAGAAGCCAGAGGAGCAGUGGUGGAACGCCCAGAACUCUGAAGGCCGGGCGGGGAUGAUCCCAGUGCCGUACGUGGAGAAGUACCGGCCGGCGUCUCCGAAUUCGGUAGCGGGGCCUGGCGUACCUGGGGGGCCGCCGGGAGGAAUGGGGAUGCUAGGGAACUCUGACGGCUCUGCAGCCCAGUCUGGCGCUCCACUGCUUGGAGACCCCAGCCAGUACGCCCAGCCCACCCCCCUUCCAAAUCUCCAGAAUGGACCCGUCUUUGCCAGGGCCAUACAGAAGAGGGUGCCCAACGCCUACGACAAGACCGCCCUGGCUUUAGAGGUGGGCGACAUGGUGAAGGUGACCAAAAUAAACGUGAACGGCCAGUGGGAGGGUGAAUGUAAAGGCAAACGUGGCCACUUUCCCUUCACACACGUCAAAUUGCUGGACCAGCACAACGCCGAAGAUGAACUGAGCUGAGAGCGGACAGCCAGGCCGCAACCUGGACACUAGUAUUAGACCCUUCCUUCCCCCCCCCUCCCUCUCUCCUGCUCUCACCUCUCCUUCCCUCACGUCGGCUCCAGCUUCUACCUGCACCGAGUACAGUUUCAGAGAAUCACUGAGAACAAACGGGCCCUCGUUGGACCUUUUGUAACGCACACACCUCUGUUUCCCCUCUGAGUAAUCCUGCCCGCCCUUCUGCUCCGACUGUAAACUGAACCUGCUGUUCUCCAUGGAUGUGGCUCCCUGUAGAUCCUCCCCUCGCCGUGCCCCCGACACGCCUCCUCGCCGCAGAGUUCGACCACUUCCUCUUCCCAUGUUGGAGCCGAUAGAUAACUGUCCUCAUCCGCCACUCGUGCUGCAUUCAUGUCCAAUGGUAAUCCAGAAACACGCUGAAGAGCAACAACAUGUGUUGUUUCGGUGCCCUUAUUGAAUAUAUAUAUAUAU